GCGAGCAAUGGCCAAAAGAAAGUCGGACAUCAACUUCCCACGCUUGUGGGCGCCCACGUGCUCACACCUGCCCCCGCUCGACCGGGCCGCACUCAUUUUCGCGCGCCCAUCACCCGCGGAGAGCAGUCGCGCCGCGCUCGCCAUCCCCGACGAUGAACAGCUGCCUGGCGUCCGUCGCGCUCACCUUCCGGCGCACCUACGCCAGCCAAGCAACGCGCUUCCGCUACCCGCGCCCCAAGCCCGGCACCUCCGAGCGCCCGCCUGCGCGCCCUGCGGACCCGCUCAGCAACAGUAGCACCGCCGCCGCGACCGAGCUCGAGGAUGAGGCGCUGACGUUCAUUCACCGACCGCCGCCUUCUUCAGCCUCACCUAUCUCGUAUACGACGCUGCCAGCGUCGCCCCUGCUGCGCGCUCGACCAGAGACCAGUGCGGAGGGAGAGCAGUCGCAGCGCGCGCUGCCCCCCGUCUUCCGCCGCGCCGACCGCAACCCGACGGAGCGUGUACCGGACCACGCCGUACUACGCAUGCGCGAGCUGCGCAACCGGGACCCUGCAAAGUACACUCGCGGCGUGCUAGCGCGGAUGUUCAACACGAGCGAGGCGUUCGUGGGCAUGGUCGCUGCAGUCAGCAAGAAGUCUGCACGCAAAGCAAGAUUGCGGGAGCGGGAUGCUUUGCAUGCGCAGAAUCGGGAGCAGUGGAGUGAGAGGAGGGAGAUGAUCGUUGCCAUACGGCAAAAGAGGCGGCAGUUUUGGUAG